UCCCUUUCCAAGCUCUCUAACAUUUAAGCGAAAAUGCUUCUUUCUGUGCCUCCUCGUGCAGGAAUUGCCACUUUUGGCUACAACAAGAGCAACAAGAAGCCUUAUGUCUCAGUGGCCCAGCAGAUGGCACCCCCAAGCCCCAGUGGCAGCUGCAACAACAAUAGCAGCAGCAGCAGCAGCAGUGGGCCAGGUGGUGGCGGAGGUGGCGGGGACCAGCUGAGCAAAACAAACUUGUAUAUCCGGGGCCUGCAUCCUGGUACCACCGAUCAGGAUCUGGUCAAGCUCUGCCAACCAUAUGGCAAAAUUGUCUCCACCAAGGCCAUCCUGGAUAAAACAACUAAUAAAUGCAAAGGUUAUGGCUUUGUGGAUUUUGACAGCCCCACAGCAGCUCAGAAGGCCGUGACUGCACUCAAGGCCAGCGGGGUCCAAGCCCAGAUGGCCAAGCAACAGGAGCAGGAUCCUACCAACCUCUACCUGUCAAACUUGCCUUUGGGCAUGGAUGAGGCUGAAUUGGAGUCGAUGCUGAAGCCAUUCGGACAAGUCAUCUCUACACGUAUCCUACGUGAUGCCAGCGGCACCAGCCGAGGAGUUGGCUUUGCCAGGAUGGAGUCUACAGAAAAGUGUGAAGCCAUCAUCACCCACUUCAAUGGCAAAUAUAUCAAGACACCUCCUGGGGUCCCAGCUCCUCCAGAUCCACUGCUUUGCAAGUUUGCUGAUGGUGGCCAGAAGAAGCGCCAGAAUCAGGGCAAAUAUGUGCAAAAUGGACGAGCCUGGCCAAGGGAAAGUGACACGGGUGGGAUGACCUUGACUUAUGACCCUACAACAGCGUUACAAAACGGGUUUUAUACAACGCCCUACAGCCUGGCCCCAAACAGGAUGAUUGCCCAGACUGCGCUCUCCCCUUAUCUCCCAUCACCUGUUUCCUCCUACCAGGUCCACAGUCCAUCUUGGAUGCACCAUCAGUCAUACCUCAUGCAGCCCACGGGGACGAUGCUCACACCUACCAUGGACCACGCCAUUUCCAUCCAGCCCACUUCCAUGAUGGGGCCUCUCACCCAACAGCUGGGCCAUCUGUCCCUCAGCAGUGCUGGCACAUAUAUGCCAGCGGCAGCAGCUAUGCAAGGAGCCUAUAUUCCCCAGUAUACACCGGUGCCUUCCUCUAGUGUCGCAGUUGAGGAGAACAGUGGCCAGCAGAGCCACGUGACAGUGGAGUCUCCAUCGGAUCAUGCUGCCUACUCGUAUCAGUACAACAAGUAACAACAGUGCCACCGAGCAGCUCAACUCUGAGCAAUCACUUCGAGGGAGACAACGUGUUCUUUAUUUUUAUUUUUUUUUGUUGUUGUUAAAAUUUUGUGCUGCGUUUAGAAGAUGUUGGAACCAUUUUUGUUUUU